AUGCACCUGUCGAUCAUUUCCAUCGCGAGCGAGCUGAUUCUUGCCUCCUUCGCAGUCCCCGUCCUCGUGCUUGCCCGCUAUGCUGUUGCCAGUCGUCCUGAUAGCUAUGUUGGCAAUGAACUUCUUUGCUCCAAUGGCACCCAUAUCCUCCUGGUUCCAUACGGCCGGGGCUGGAGGGCCCUUCGGAAGGCAGUUCAGGCCAUAUUGAAUGUGACUGCUGUGGAUAGACUUUUGCCCGUGCAGGAGGCGGAAGCAUCGCAGACGUUAUUUGAACUCAUGACAACCCUAAGAAAGGGGUUCACGCACAUCCGGCGUUACUCGACCGCCGUCAUUCUUAUAUCGGUGUUUGGUCAGAGAGGCGCCAGCUACAAAGCACCAAAGGUUCAAGCCCUAUAA